GUUUUUUUCCGUUUUUUUGACGACGACGGAGCGCGUGAGCGCGGUCGGAAUGGUAGCUAGCAAGAUGGCGGCGUUGAAGGAGGAGCAGUGUUACGGGCUGUCCUGCGGGAGAGUGAGCAACGGCAGCAAUGUCUCCGUCUUUCACGUCAAACUCACUGACAGCGCGCUGAGAGCGUUUGAAGACUACCAGAGCAGCAAGGGUGUGUCCGCUCAGCCGCUAAUACGGUUCACUGGUAAUCAAGGGAAAAUCUCAAUACCACGGUCCGAAAAUCAAAAUGAGCUGCGAACGUUUACGUUCUAUUUGUCCAAUGUGGGGAGGGAUAACCCCCAUUUUGACUGUGUACAGCAGUAUAUUACAAGUGAAGGGAGCAUACAGCUGGACUGCCUGGCAGGAAUCCAGGACAAAAUCACGGUGUGUGCCACAGAUGACUCCUACCAGAAGGCCAGGCAAAGCAUGGCUCAGGCUGAGGAGGAGACGCGCAGCCGGGCAGCUAUUGUCAUUAAGCCUGGCGGCAGAUAUGUGGGUAAAAGGGUUCAGAUACGGAAACCAGCACCAGGUCUGUCGGAUGUGGCCCCGUCGCGGCGGACUUCACGACCUGUGAUCAUCUCCAGCAGCAUGAAGAAGAGCACAGCGCCACCACGGCCAAUGAGAGAGCGCCUGGUGCACUUGUUAGCCCUCAAGCCCUACCGUAAACCUGAGCUGCUGGUCCGUCUCACCAAGGACGGCCUCUCGAGCCAGGACAAAGAUAUGCUGGACAGCCUCCUGCAACAGGUGGCUAACCUGAAUAGUAAAGACAACACCUUCACAUUGAAGGACUGUCUGUUUAAGGAUGUACAGAAGGAUUGGCCUGGUUACACUGAGGUAGACCAGCAGAUUCUGAAGAGGAUUCUUGUACGGAAACUGUGCAAGGCUAAGAGCAGCACUCCAACCCCUGGGGAGAGUCCAGUUAGCCCGCCCAAAGAGCAGGCCAGCAGCUCUCCAUCACAGAAAAGGUGUGGUGCAGACUUCAUUGACCCUCUGGCUAACAAGAAGCCCAGGAUAUCUCAUCUGACCAGCAAGAGUGCACCCCCCAACGGAAAGCUAAGUUCUUCCAACGGCAAGGACUCAUCCGCUUCGCAGCCAGCAGGAGAGAGCUCUUCCAGCAUCCAGCUUCCUCUACUUGACAUCCCUAGGCCUUUCGAUCCUCUAUCGGACGUCAGCAAUGACUCCAGCCACAACGGAAGGGACUGUGAUGGUCCGGAGGCUGCGGUGGCCGAGAGACUGAGCCACCCGCCCACGUUUACUGGCAGCUCCGGAUCGAACGCCGCAUCCCCAGCCCCUGGCAGCCAGGAUGGGCCUCAGGCUCACAGCACCUCGCCCUCCCUGCACGGCAAGUCUAAGAAGAAGUCCAAAAAACAUAAGGACAAAGACAAGUCUAAAGAGAGAGACCGGGAUAGAGAGCGAGCGCUGAAGAAGGAGAGGAAAGGGGCCGAGGGUGACAGUUCAGAGCCAAGGAAAUCGUGUGAGGUCACUUUGAGUCCGGACCUGAGCAGCAGCAGUGUUCCACAUAAAAGCACAGAUCUGAAUGGAAUGUGCGACAGCUCCAGUAUUUCUGCAUCUUCGUCGGAGAUGGCAGACUAUUUAUUAAAAUACACUGAAAUUGGCUCGCAAGAGCAGCGUCAGAGCUACAAGAAUGACUUCAAUUUGGAGUACAGCGAGUACAGGGGCCUUCAUGCGCGAAUAGAGGGAAUCACUCGCCAGUUUACCGUGCUAGAUGCUGAACUUAAGCAGCUCCAGCAAGGCACUGACAAAUAUAAGACAAUCCACAAUCAGAUACUUCAAGAGUAUCGCAAAAUAAAAAAGACUAACCCCAACUAUAGCCAAGAGAGGAACCGCUGUGAAUAUCUCCACAACAAACUGGCACAUAUAAAGAAACUUAUAGCAGAAUAUGAUCAGCAGCAACUUCAAAACUGGCACUAACCAUGUCGUGUUUAUUUUUGUCCCCCUUUCUCAUCUGGAAACAAGACAAUGAGGGAGAAACUAUGGAUUUGCAGGUUUCUUCUUUUUGUUUCUUUUUUCUUUUUUGGGCUUGCUCUAAAAUAAAGUUUCUCUAAUGCUAAAAUGCCACGAAAAAGGAGUAAUUCCCCUCGUGUUGAGGGCUGAACGCUCUAGUUAGAGCAAUACAGACUGAUUAGAUUUGUUUGUUUCUUUCACUUUUUUUCCCUUUUUGUGGGGGAGGGUCUUUGGCAUCUUUAGCCAUACCUGCCAGUGUUGUCGCACUGCAUUAUGGGAAAGCCUUGCGUGGCAUCAGUUCUCAGCUUCCCUCCCUCAAAGCACACAGAUCUCUGAAGAGGAGAAAUCACUUUGGGGAUCACUUUACCAACCCUUUCCUUGCCUGCUAAACAGGGGCAAGCAACAGCUGAAACAUAUUUAGAAAAACAGAUCAAAUUUUCUUUCUUUUGUUUAUUGAAAAGAAAAAAAAAAGAUUUAAGUAAAUGAAUAUCAUGUUUCCCUAUGUAAUGAAUGGAAGGUACUUAUAUUUUAUGUUUUCAUUUUUUUAAAUUUUUUUUUUAUUUAUUAUCUUUAUUUUUUUUCGUCUUCCUUGGGGAUAUACCAGAUUUAUUACUGUACACUCCUCAGAAUGAACUGUUUUUUUCCUGUUUUCUUCUCAUCUCUUAAAAGAAAAUCAGUAUUUAUGCAAACGCUGCCUUAGGUGUCAGGCGGUCCAUAGUGCGUGCGCAGUCCAUUAAUUCAUUAAAGAUUUCUUUCUUAAGCAGAGAUUUACCCCAUAAAUCUGAAGCCAAGGCCAUUUAGCCCUUUCUUACAUUGUGUGCAAUGUUCUACAGUUAUCUUUUGUGCAAUGGAUGUGGAUUAUAUGCCUGCUUAAGAGAGAGAGAGAGAGAGAGAGAGAGAGUCUUUUGAAAGCUUUAACUCCAUACUGCUGGAGGUUGAACCUACUAUGCCAGAGAUGGAAAGCACCAUUUAAGUAUAACCCAGCAUUUUCAGGCUUUUGCUGUUGUUAAAAGGAGUACUCCAGCAUUUUGCAGCCUGAUCUUUAUCUGCUGCAUCUGCAGCAUUUAGCCCAGGGCUGCCCAGUCUUAGCCGCAAGGGUUGGUGUGGCUGCAUGUUUUCAUUUUAAACGAUCAGUAACAGCACCUGAUUCUGCUUAUUUAACCGGGUGGUCAGUCUUUAUACAACUAAUGUGUUUCUUCUUGGCUGAAAUAAAAACUUGUAGCCACACUGUCACCUAGCAUUGGAGUAUUCCUUUAAGUAUACUGAAAUAAAUACCAGCCAGUGUCUAAGAGCUAUGGUCAGCUAGGAUUUUUGAUAGGAACGAAACCUGCCUGAUUUUUGGCUUUCAUUCCUUUUGUGGUCACCUAAUUCAGUAUUUCUCAGCCCUGGUUCUGGAUGCAUCCUGCCCUGCACAUUUUAGAUUGGGUUCAUACUACAUGAUUUUAGGGCAGAUUUGUCAGUCAUGGUCAAUUGCCUUGGAUUGGAGGCACAUCCCUGUUUGCUCAGUGCUUGUUUGUUUAGUAACUGUGGAAAUAUCCAAGUGACGACAAGUAAAUGAUCACCAAUGCCUUAUAAGCCCCACAUAAUUAUCUAGCAGGUUUGGACCUGUUGGUGACUAAAUCCAUUAGUGUGAUAGUGACUAGUUGCCGCUAAUCGCUAAACAACUUCCUAUCACAAUCACUCCUAUUUUACAAGCUUUAAUUUUGAGAGGGUCUGAUAGGGCACCACAUCAGUUAUCUAGCCUGUUUGUCAUAAAAACACAAUUUUUGGACACGCAACGUCUUUCACCUGGAAAAAAAAUACAGUUCUACAGUGGUACAAUGGUCUGAUGACUUCGAAAGCCAAGGUGUGCUGCAUUUGUUGGCCCUACAGUCAUAGAACCCUGUUUCUUAGUGAAGAAUUCCUCGAUACAACCCACAAAACAACUCAAAAAUUGGUUUCCUUUAAAAUGUUUAAAACUAUAUAUUAAAAUUUCUUCACAAAAAUAAUUUAUAGUCAUGUGACAUCACAAGGCCUCUUUUCACUGUUCAAAUAUGUGACCAACAGGCUACUGAGCUAGAGUCUUCAUUGGACAGUCCUACUGAAGCCCUGCUCUACCUCAACUGCAGCCUAGACACUGGAACACAGCUCGAAAGUCUAACCCUAUAGUUUGAAACUUGAUGUUAAUGAGCUGAUUAGCUGAAUCACCUGUUCAGAGCAAAGCAGAACAGGGCAAGGUGCCUCCUGAACCAGGGUUAAGAAAAACAAAUCUAGUAUUACUGAACAUGUGCAACCGCACCGGACCAGCCUGGAUGGCCUCAUGCUUUUUGGUAAGCUUUCCGACAAGAUUCCAGACAAGAUUGUAUCCCUUUAAAAGUACCUCGCUUGUGCCCACGUGGGGAGAUCCACAGAGCAAAACCCAGUGCACUAUACUUCUAUUCUUCUAUUGAUACUGUAUAGUCUUCUUUCUGAUGACCGAGGCUUUUAAAGUUCAGAGAUAAUGUACUAUUUACUUACAGUAUAUACUUAUUUCCUAAUUCUGAACUGCCUUCUCGAGUCAAUUCUUCUUCUUUAAUCUUUUCUACUGUAUUUUGCAACCCACAGUAUUCUUGGAGACUGUCCUCUACAUCUCAUCCUGUUCUGCAGCAAUUUGCAAUUUGAGACGACUGUUAAACUACAUGGAGGGGUCAGUGUCUCUGUCACUACAAGUGUCCUCUCUCUAUUCCCCCUCAUUGAAUAUACUCAAAACUCUUGCCCAAAAACAGCCUCGGACAUCACCAGAGAGCUUCUGCGACCAGUUUCACUUGAUCGUCCGAUUGUAUCGGAGUGUCCGUUGUGUCCCUGAUCUUGACCUCUGUGAUCUUUGUGAAAAUUUCUGUUUAAAAUUCUGCACUUUGCACAGCCGCUAGCCGUUCCUCUAAACCUGGGUUUUGUCACAAGGACACAUUUGCCAGGUCCAUCCCUAAAGUGCAUGCUUUUGUGAAUGUGUAUAAAGGAAAAGACCAGUAUUUUACAUCAAGGUGUCCAAAAACUGUUAAAGGCCAUUCAAAUCCAAAUCAAAAAGACACACACACACACACCACCACUUAAGGCUUAAACUGAAAAAUGGAAAAAAUCUUUUUUUCCCGUCAGUGUGAGAAAACAACUGCUCUUUUUGUGCUGGUAACAGUAUUUGCUUUGGGCCUCAUUUGAACUUGACUGUACACUGGGAUGGCUGUGUUGGAUGAAAUGAGAAGAAAAAAAGCUCUGUGAGGCUGAGAGGUCUUCUUAUUUAGCCUUAUUUUAUCUCUAAACUCUAUCAUGUUUCAAUGGGAGCUUAUCAGUCCAAGACAGCAGGGUGAUCUUUUUUUUUCCACUUUUCUCCCCUCUUUCUCCCUCAUAGUUCUAAUUGGUGCUAAAGGUGCUCAUGGUUAGUCAGCAAAUCCAGAGCUGUUGAAUGAGUGUCGCAUCAUUUUGGGAUUCUGAAUCUCAAUCAUCCGCCUGUGUUCACUUCAACAUUGUGCUCUACGAUCAUUUCGCUUCAGUUAUGCUGUCUGUGUUGCAAAAGAAAUUGGCUACAGAAGCAUACGCAGCCCCAGAGGAGAGGAGAUGGCAUUUGUUAGGAUUUGGAGUCUGUGCUGUGCUAUUAGUGUGAGCUGCAAAUACACAAACACCGCAAAAUCUGGGGUGAAUGUGCCAAAUGACCUGUUGUAUAGGUUUGCAUAAGAUGAAAUAUGCUGCUGUUUUAGCAAAAGGGGAGGCUUUGGAAAAAUGUUUUGAUGUAAACGCUAAAACCCAAAGCGUGCUUUUUGAAACAAUAAGGGACUGGGACUGAAAUUUGUCUUAGUAUUUCAAUAAAAUUCUUGAAAAACUUUUUCUU